GGGCGGCGGGUGCUCUUUUAUGUCCUGCCCGGAGGAGCACCUGGAGGACGGGGCUGCUCGCAGAGGAGUCGUGGGCCGGCGGGGAACAGGGGGUGAGCCCGGGCGGAGGAGAGCUAUUGCUACCCCUGCCCCGUGUUGCAGAGACGGAGCCUGUGUUAGUUGACAGCAUGUCGAUUUUCCGUUCUGGCCUGCUGGUUCUGACAUCACCACUAUCAGCACUUUCCCUGCGCCUGGUGCCCAUUCUUGCUUCAGCUGCCCGGCUGGUACAAGACACCCUCUAUAUUCAUCUACAGCCAGGGCUCAGCUUGACAGGCUCAACGCAGCCCCGGUCCACAUAUGUCCCUGCUACAUCAGAAGUGUAUACCCUCAUCAGCAAGUUAUACACUCAUGCUGGCAUCCAUCGUCACCUUGAUGUCCGGGUGCUACUCACCAACAUCCUCAACCAGGGAGCUGCCCCUCCAACACUUGGAUCUGUGCAGAACCUCUCUCAGCCACCUGAAGUGGUACUCACUGACUUUGAAACUGGAGACAGAGGGCAAUCCAACCCAGUCAAGCAGCGCCUGGAACGCUAUGCGACUAGCUGCUAUAGCUGUCGCCCCAAUCUCAUCUCUGUUUUGUUAUAUCCUGAGUAUGAGCUAGAAGUCACAGAUGGAGAACUGUCCCCGCAGCAUGAGAUCAACAUGACGGAGGAGCUAUUGCAGAGCUACAGUGAUGUCGUUGUUGGGGGCACUUUUGACAGACUUCAUAAUGGUCACAAGAUCCUUCUGAGUGUGAGCUGCAUGCUGGCAGAAAAUCGGCUUCUCGUGGGUGUCUCUGACAAAGAUCUCCUGGAAAAUAAGUUGCUGAAGGAGCUAAUCCUGCCCUUUGAGCAACGUGUGGCUCAGCUCAGUGAAUUCUUGGUAGACAUCAAGCCUUCCUUGCGGUAUGAAAUCGUCCCACUGUUUGACUACUUUGGCCCGUCUAUCACAGACUCCAACCUGAAGUGCAUUGUCGUCAGUGAGGAGACCCUUAAAGGUGGUCUGGCGGUCAACAAGAGGAGACUAGAAAACAAUCUCCCUGAGCUGGCUCUCCACGAAAUCCUGCUUGCCCUUGAUUUCCAGCAUGCCAGAAAUGAGGAAGAAAAGAUCAGCUCCUCUAGCCUACGGUACAGGCUACUUGGGACUCUGCUGCGUUCCCCACAAAAAGACCCAUCUCUUCCUCACUAUCCCUACAUUAUUGGGCUAACAGGAGGAUCUGGUAGUGGCAAGAGCUCCGUAGCACAACAUUUGGUUCAUCUUGGUGCCUUCCAUUUGGAUAUGGACAGUCUAGGACACAACAUCUAUGUACCAGGAGGUCCUGUGUAUGAGCAGGUGGUAGAAACAUUUGGAGCAGAUAUUUUGAAAGAAGAUGGAACCAUCAACCGACAGGUCUUGGGGGCCAAAGUAUUUGCAGACCAGGAGCAGUUGAAACGUCUCAACAAUAUCAUGUGGCCAGUGAUGGCUCGAAUAGCAAAAGAAAAGAUAGGCGAGGCAGCUGCAAAGGGAAAGAAGGUGUGUGUGUUGGAUGCUGCCCUGUUGUUGGAAGCAGGCUGGUCAGACAUGGUGCAUGAAGUCUGGACAACCAUCAUUCCUGAGGAUGAGGCCAUAAGACGCAUCAAAGCCCGAGAUGGUCUAAGUGAGGAAGCUGCCAGGUUGCGUCUACAAAGCCAAAUGUCCAACAGCCAGUUCGUGAAGCAGUCUCAUGUGGUUCUUUGCACCAUGUGGGAGCCAGAGGUUACCCGUGAACUGGUAGAAAAAGCUUGGGCCCUGCUGCAGAAACGCCUCAAGGACAAGUAGAGCCGGGAAUUGAAAUGGGACCACCUCUUCACUCUGCAGCUUCAGCGCUACCAGUCUUGAAAAGUGCGCACCAGAUGAACCACACCCUGUCGAAGGGGCGCGGAUGAGGGUGGCGAUAUGGGAAAGGGAGUUCAGCCUGCUUGAUGGUGUUGGGGAGCAGAAAGAGCAGGAUUCACUCUGCUUUUUUCCUGCUACAGAAAGUCUGUGGGAGACUCAUGAACAAAGUGGGAACCAGGGGUGCCUGCAGAGCUGGAAGAAUCCACGUUUGUACCUGAAGCCAGCAAUGAUUGCAUGAUUCUGAUGGAGGCUACUCUUUCAGUUAUGCUACUUAUACAAACAGACAAAAGAUUGUGAGGGUGGGGAGUGGCUGCUCUACUUUGGUCCCCACUACUCUGUACUACAUGCCCUGUGCAUAAAAUACACAUAAAAAAUCUUGCCA